AUGACUAUCCAGGUCAUCGUCGCCUCGCUAGCAUAUUCCCAUAAUGCCACGAUACCCCGAGUCCGCCGGAAGAACCAGCCCGUUCACCUGCUCCUGGUGCUCGGCAGCGGUGGUCAUACAGCAGAGAUGUUCAGCAUGAUGAAAAACAUACCUCUCGAUCCCACUCACUAUACCUACAGGACGUACGUCGUGAGCUCGGGCGAUGAUUUCAGCGCCAAGAAAGCCAAAGAAUUCGAGUCCGGUUUCCUCAAGAAGGGCGAGUCAGAUUACGCCAUUGUCACAAUUCCACGAGCACGACGUGUCCAUCAGUCAUACUGGACCACACCUCUCUCGACCUUCCAGUGCCUUUGGGCGUGCUUCGAUGUUCUUCUUGGACGAUAUCCGGGUCAGGUGCGACUGCCCAUGAAUUAUCUCUCGCCUCAGCCCGACCUCAUCAUUACCAAUGGCCCAGCCGUAGGCUUUUGCAUUGUUCUCGCGGCAAAAAUGAUCCGAUUCUAUGAAUCGGUCUCCCGUUGGAUGUGCGGUAGCAGCUCCACGCAGGCCGUAUCACGACUGCGAACCAUAUUUGUAGAAUCAUGGGCCCGCGUCAAUGGCCUCAGCACUACUGGAGUCUUAUUACUUCCUUUGGCUGACGUCUUCCUCGUUCAAUGGCGGAGUCUGGCUGGGCGACGGGCAUGGCCGGGGAUGAAGCAGACACAGUAUGCGGGCGCGGCUGUGCUACCAAACCCCGAGGGCAAAGAGCACAUCAAAGGCGUUCAAAGUUAG